CGACGCGCACCUUUCCGCACGUGUCCUACCCAGCGGCGCACGCGCAGGCACGUGAAAGGGUUAAAACGCGCUGUGAGGCGCGUCUGAUCGUAUCACUUCACUCCAGUGGUUCAGAGCAGCGCGGUUAUUGAUGUGCUGUGUGCGCUCUCAGUUUAUUCCAACACGUUUUUCACGGAAUAAUAAACUCCACACCUGAGCAUGGACGCGUUAAAAUCAGCCGGGAGAGCCAUCAUAAAAAGUCCUGGAGUUCCGCGGCACACAUGGAGAACCGCGAAGCACGAAAAGCUUCCAGAGAACUGGACAGACACUAAGGAGACCCUGCUGGAGGGAAUGGUGUUCAACGUGAAGUACUUGGGCAUGACGUUGGUCGGUCAGCCUAAAGGAGAGGAAAUGGCUGCCACUGCCAUCCAGAGGAUUGUCUCAACGGCUCGUGCCAGUGCCAAAAAGUUUCGGAAGGUGACCCUCACUGUCUCCCCUAAAGGAAUCAUCCUUACAGACACGGAGACCAGCGAUCUCAUUGAAAACGUAUCUAUUUACAGAAUCUCUUACUGCACGGCUGAUAAAACUCAGGAUAAAGUCUUUGCCUACGUGUCACAGAGUGAAUUCAGUGAGACUCUGGAGUGCCAUGCCUUCCUUUGCCAAAAGAAGAAAAUUGCCCAAGCAGUCACUCUUACUGUAGCACAGGCUUUUAAAGUUGCCUUGGACUUCUGGGAAAUUGCCCAAGAAGGAAAAGGAAAAAAGGCUCGAACAUGCUGUUCCUGUUCAAGCAGUGAUCUUCAUCUGGAAACAAAUCCUUCCUCUGCUUCAGAGGCUGAAAAACCCCAGGCUCUAAUUGAGUACAGACAACAGAAACCCUGCCUGUCCUCCUCUAUUUGUUCACCAUCCCCACGCAGCAAGCCUGCCAGGAGACGACCAGUCAAGCAGGAUUCCUGGGAUAUAGAUGACGAAGGCUUCAACACAUUGUCGAGCAGUAUGGGGGUGGAGGAAAUGGAAACAGACUGGCAGAUUCCUGCUCCAGAACAGUGUUUAAGGAUGCAGCUGUGAGCCCACUGGAGGAGAACAACAUGUCUCUCAGCAGUAAAGAGACAGAUUAAAUGCAUGUGUGCACACACUUUGCCAAAAAGAACAAUACCAUUAUCUACAAAUGUAGAUAAUACAUCAUGCACCGUCAGCAUAUAAUACCAAAUGGCAGCAACAUGUGUUUCCAGUAUAUUUAAUUAGCUUUGUUCCUAGAGUAAUUUGUGUUUUCACAACAUUAGAGAGAAAAGACUGCAGACCUUGGAACUCAGAGACACUUUUACUCAAAAGAUAUUUGAAAUUUUUUUUACAAAAUGUGGUUUAUUUGAAUUGCAACAAUCCAUAUAAAUCUGUUUGCUCCAUGCUGAAAGUUUACAGAUUUGCUGGUAGUUUGUCACCAGCAGUCUUUCUAUUUUGUACAUAUAGAUAAUCUAUCCACAUUUUAAUACAAAGAAGAAUUACACUCUCAAAACUAAAGGUGCAAUGAUGUUUUUAGAUUUUAGGAGUACUAUAUAAAAACCUAUAUGAUAUAUAUUUGUGCUUUUAUGAUCUUAUGAAACCAACAAAAAGUCAAAGAAUUCAGUUACUCUGAUUAAAUCAGUUAAAUCUU